AUGGCGCACCAACAGCAACCGAUACCGUUGAACACGCAAUUCGAAAACUACGCCAAGUACACGGUGAAGACGAAGGAGGUGCUGGACCUGAAGACAGAUGAUAGCGAGAAGAAGAAAGAAGGCAAAGCGAUCACGCUCAGGCAAAUCGACUUUUGGUUCGACCAGGCGAAGCUGUUCGACACGCGUUUGACCAAAACCGACACCGGAUUGGCCUACAUUGAAUUCAAAUCCGGCAACAUUUCCUAUCCACAGUUCCUAACGUUUCUGGACAACGUGGCUCAGUCGAAAGAAAUCGAUGUCGAAGUCAUGAAGAAUAAGCUUAUGAUGUGCGGUUUGCCAGGCGUCGAACCUAAAAAACCUAAACCGGAGGUGGAUAAGAAGGAAACGAAAGAAGCUAAAGAUUGA